AUGACGCUGGCUGGCGAGCUGGAUGGGAGGUUGAGAACGAGCCUGACACACGUCACUGAUGGUUCCAGCGGCCCCCUCACUAAGCCAUUGGCCGAGCCAACUCCGUCGAGGCUUCAUCUGUUCUCAAGGCGAGAGUACUUGAACCCCUCGUUGCCCCUCCAUGUCUAG